GCGGAGGAAGGGGGUAGGAAAGGGCACAGAGAAGAAGGGAGAGACAGAGGAAGAGAGGAAGAGAGCGGCAGGAGGAGUCGAUACUUGUAAGCUGACACAACAAACCGAAGAAUGGGACAAGAUAUGCAAUCGAAUAUCUUGUGGAGCUGAAACCUGUAAAAAUUAGCCUCGUUCACCUACAGCUCUUCAGUUAAAGCCGAUCAAAGCCACGGAUGUACACUGAAUGGGUAUGAAGACAGCUCCAUCUUAGAAGAAAUCUUUUUUACAUCAUCUUUACCGACUGAGGCUGAAAGUUUCUUCGGAGUUCUUUACACUUUUUGUCGAGGGUUCACGUGACAUUUGAAACUGUGUGAGAUGGAUAGGAACGGGAUGUUGUAGGAGGUCUUCCAUCCGAUGGUAGCUGCAGCAUCACGGAUUGAAGGGAACAUGGGAGAGGGAAUAAACAGGGAGCCUUCAUUCCAGGAGGAGGAAGAUGAAUUCUCCGGCGUCUACUCCAUAGACGUUGCAGUGCGGGUGCGACCGUUGAAUAGUAUGGAGCUAGCGGACUCGCAGCUGCACACUGUGCGCGUGAUGGAUGAGAAGAUAGUUGUGGUGCUCGAUCCUUCCAAGCUGGAGGGCGGGAACGAAGACGACUACCUCCGAGCGCACAGGUCAAGGGAAAGGAGGUACACAUUUGAUCAUGUCUUUGAUGAGACGGCCUCACAGCAAAAGGUGUAUGCCGCAACGACUGAGAAGCUCAUUGGGGGAGUGAUGGAGGGGUUUAAUGCAAGCUGCUUUGCGUACGGCGCAACAGGGGCAGGAAAGACUUACACAAUGUUGGGGAAUAAGGAGAAUCCAGGAUGCAUGCUCCUGACAGUUGGGGAGCUUUUCCAUCGAAUCGAAGAUGACACGUCGAAGACUUAUAGGGUGUACCUGACGUACCUCGAAGUUUAUAACGAGAACAUCCGCGACCUGCUGAACCCGAGCACGGGAUAUCUCGACCUGCGAGAGGACCCGGUGAAGGGUAUCUGUGUGGCUGGAAUCACUGAAUUCAGCACAACCAACGUGGGGGAGACGAUGGAGCUGUUGCAGAGGGGGAACCUGAACCGGACUGUGGAACCAACCAAGAAGAACGAGACGUCUUCGCGAUCGCAUGCGGUGAUGCAGAUCAUGAUUGAGGCGAAGGAGAAGACAGCGGACAUCAGUGAACAGGUCAAGAUCGGAAAGCUGUCCUUGAUCGACCUCGCAGGCUCCGAAAGAGCUUCAGCAACUGACAAUAGAGGUGCUCGGCUUGUGGAAGGAGCAAAUAUUAACAGGUCUCUCCUUGCUCUUGCGAACUGCAUCAAUGCUCUCGCAUCGGAUAGCGAGGCAGCAGCUCGGGCCGGAAGGAAUGGGCGGAGGCGCGUGCGAUCCAACUUCGUGCCAUACCGAGACUCGAAGCUGACUCGACUGCUGAAAGAUUCCUUCGGAGGAAACAGCCGAACGGUCAUGAUCACCAACGUAUCACCGGCAGGCAACCAGUACGAGGAGACGGUAAACACACUCAAGUACGCGAACAGAGCCAAAGACAUUAAGACCAAGGUCGUGCAGAACGUGGUGGAGCUGGAUGCGCACGUGCUGCAGUACCAGAACAUCAUCCGCGAGCUGCGGUCGGAACAUCGGGGUCAAGAAGGAGAGGAGCGGGGCAGGCUCGCCGUUUGA